AUAUCCAUUUUACCAUUGGUAUACGAUCAUAAAAAUAACCGAAAAACAACUAUUAAUCUCUAAAUCCAUCAAAACCAGCAUGCUAUCGCAGGAACUGAUGCAGUGCAAUGCGUCUUCUGUUUUGAUUGCGUAAGACGUGUCUUGAGGGAAAAUUAAUUUUCCCCUCUCUAGGCAGAGAUAAACGAUUCGGGCGGAUGGAAAGCCAGGCAUAGGUGCCCUUCAAAAAGUACCCUUUAUUUCUUUUAUUUAAACUGCGGUAACAGUAGGAAGUCUCUGCUAAAUCUCUGCAAUAGCUUUCAUUUGCGUGAUUCUUGUGUAAAUCGAUGGGAAGUAAGCAAGUAUUAAUGCUGGAAGCUGCACCAGACGAUUUGCGCUCAAAGUGGAGGGGCGGCAUUUCAGACGAACUAAUAGACGCCCUGCCUUAUAUCGACCACGACUAUGCAGACCCCAAAGUUAAAGCUGAAGUGGACAGAAUGGUCGAAGAAGAAAUGCACCGAAGCACUAAGAAGCCCGCUGAUUUUCUAGCCGAACUGCCGCCCGCUCCUAAGCUUAAUUUCGAGAAUUACCCUAUGGUGGCAAAGGAGUAUGAGCGCGUACGUGCUGGCAAGCCUCCUCAUACAAUAGACAUGUCUCGCUAUGGUUUAGAGCCACCUCCUCUAAGCAAGCGGAACGAUGUGACUGCCUGGAAGAAUGCUCUCCACAAUGCUCAAAGUCAACUUCAGCACCAAACAAUAAGGCUUGAAAAUCUAGACUUAAUGAUGCAAUAUGGAACCGAUGCAUGGAAAGUCCAUAAUCAACAUUUGGAAGCAUUCUUGGCCAGAGUGCAAGCCAUUGGACAUGAAUAUGGUCAGCAGAUAGAGGCAUUGAAUCGUGAAAGAAAGUUCAACCAGCAAACUGCAGCAGCUGAGCUGAAUUUUUUGGAAGCACAGUGGAAGGAACUUUGUGAAAAAUGCAUAGAAAUCAGAACAGCAUGUGCUAAACUUGACAUUAACAAUGAAGAAUUAAGAAAGGAGGCCAACGAAAAGGGAUUGAGCUUGGAGCCAAAAUAUGAGAGUCGAGACAGAUAAUGAUAGAAUCUCAUGAUACUCUUUUUUUUUAUUUUUUCCAGUUUGUAUGAACACAAAUUAAACUUCUAUCUUAAUAAGAAAGAUGGAAAGACACACAAAAUACAAUGAUACCGAAAAUUACUGUUUAGAACUAGCUUUAAAUCCCAAGGUCUUAUAGAAGGUUUUUUUUUCCUGAAUUUAUCUUAUAUAUGCAAUAUCGUUAUUGCUUUAUCCACUUUUAUAAAAAAGUCACAUUCACAUUGCUCUUGACCCUAACAUUUAUUGUAAGGAUUUGCCACUCUCUCAUGUUCAGGGUAAUGUUGGAGAGAAGACUAAUCAUCUUUCCCAAAAUUAUUUUCAUGCUAAGAACAGUUUGGUGGGAAUGAAAGUAAUACCCAGUGAACUCAGAAUGAAUGGAAUAUGGACCUGGUUCUAUAUUGGGAUAGGUA